AUGCUGCUAUUUGAAGGAGAACCAGCGUUGUUCAUUCUCUUUGCUCUCUUUAUUCUCUCCUUCCUUAUUGGUGGUUGUAUGUGGGGAUCGGGGGAAGAGGCCAACGAUCGACCAAAACACGUUGUUGGAAUUGUUAUUUUCUUCUUUGGAGUUACUUGCUGUGUCUUCUUCUUUGUGCUCUUCACCUACAAGAAGAUACGACAAAAGAGGAGGGAGAAGAGAGACUUUGAGGAGCUGAUGCGAAUGCAAAAUGAAUUCGCAACGAAUGAAGGAUUCCAAGAUGAUGAAUACUCAAGUCAGUAA